AAAAAGUUAAAACCUGGGCAUAUGGCUGUUUCAUCAUCCCCAAAAUACCCACCCCAUGCUCGAUCCUCGCCAACAGCUAUUCCUUCAUUGGUAACACAUGCUAGAGAAGACCAGUGGAGUAACAAAGCAUCUAUAUUUUCCUCUCAAGGGAAUGUUGGACAGCCUCCAAUGCCUGUUCGUCAAAACAGGCAGGCACCAAGCACUGGGAAAGCGAGAGGGUCACUGAUCGUUCAGACAUCCAAGAAGGGUCUUGUUCGUUCAGGGGCUGAAAAUUUGAAACCUGGAUCAGACAUAAUUGAGAUUCAUGCAACAGACAAGCUUAUCCAUGAGGUUGAGAGGGUUUGUGGAGUGGAGAACCCUGAUCCAGCUCACGUAGAGAAAGCAAAAAUAAUGCUUAGAGAUCAAGAAAGAGCGCUUCUGGAAGCAAUUGGAAAGCUUGCUGAUGUAUCAGAUGAUGAUUCACCUAAUCAAAGACAGCAUCAGCACCCUAGCAGAGAGCCGAAGGGGAAUGAACAUGGAGUUCAUAAUGCUGUUCACAAGCAGUUUGAUAGAACAAGAAGCUAUUACAGUGAAGGAUAAGGUGAGGACGACACAGGAAGGAUGAGAAUCCCAUGCAUUGACAUGCAAGAUGAUGAGUAUGACCGGGGUUACCGAAAUGCCAUAACAUGUGGCUUCAUCCUCGUUUUGUUGGGUUUAGAUGGUGCCAGAUUGACAUAGAUAUGCAUCUCUGCAUUUGAACUUGUCUCAUUUGCCUGCUUUCAGGGAAUAGUCGUAAGUGUUGGCUGACUUAGCUCUUUCUCCCUACUAACACCAUUUGUAUAUGAUAAAAAUUGUUUUACUCUGUCCAUGUUCUCUUAUGUGGCGUUUUGCUUCCAAGUUGAUGUCUUCUCCUGAUCCCUAUUUUGGAGUUUGUUUUUCUUCCCUGAAUGGCCGGAGAAUGAAACGGGCCUUCUUUUUGUUAGUGUAGACUUAUCAUGGUAUUAACUGGUAUUCUGGGCUCCCACUUGGCCAUAUGUGGACAUUGUGUCGGGGCACUCCUUUGCACUUAAUGUAAUAUACUUUUGCAUGGUGUGGUUUGUUCCAAGUGCUUGUACAAAACAGUUGUAUAUUUAUAAAUACUUACAUUACAUGAUCAGCACAGUCUGUUCAAUUUG